AACUUUAGGGAAGAAAACAGAGCAGCAGAAAAUCAUCAGAAACUUCAAACUUUACCUGUGUAGCCCAGAUCUGUAAGCAACACUUACCCAACCCGAAUUCUCGGGUUAAUUGUGAUCAAGAAAAGCAAAACAUGGAGAAAAAUGAAGUGUUGGAAGGGCUGGUCACCGGAAAACCGGUUAUCAUCGAUGAGGCAGCGACGAGUGUUCGAUACGGAGAUAGUACUGUCGGCUGUAAUCACAAUGGUUCAUCUUCUGUCACCGGGACUGUUAUCUUUAGCACCUUAGUGGCAAUAUCUGGUGCAUACGCAUUUGGAAAUGCAGUGGGGUACUCGUCUCCGGUUAAAAGCGGCAUUACAGAAGACCUCGGCCUUUCUCUAGCAGAGUAUGCAGUUUUUAGUUCCAUAUUAACAGUGGGAGGGAUGCUUGGAGCAGCAUGUAGCGGUAAGAUCGCAGAUCUUCUCGGCGGAAGAGGCGCAAUGGGGAUUUCAGAAGUUUUCUGCAUCACAGGGUGGCUUGCAAUAGUAUUCUCUAAGGAUGCUCAGUGGCUCAACUUGGGAAGACUUCUAAUUGGAUGUGGAUCCGGGGUUCUUUGUUAUGUGAUUCCUCUUUAUCUAUCUGAAAUCGCUACUAAGAAUGUUCGGGGAGCAUUCGCGUCGCUUUUUACUGUCAUGCUAUGCUGCGGCAAGGCAGUCAUGUUCAUAAUCGGUUCUCUAAUCAAUUGGCGCACCUCAGCCCUUAUAGGAGUCGUACCGUGUGUGCUGCAAUUGAUUGGAGUUUUCUUCAUUCCAGAGUCUCCAAGAUGGCUGGCCAAGACUAAUGAAACAAAAGAGUUUGAAGCCACCCUGCGACGCCUUCGGGGAGAAAAGGCUAAUAUCUCUCAAGAAGCUACUGAUAUCAGAUUGUACACGGAAUACAUGCAGCAGAUCGCCGAUGGAGGGCUUCGGAAUCUCUUCCAGAAGAGAUAUAUCAACCCAUUGAUUGUCGGAGUAGGACUCAUGGUGUUCCAACAAUUUGGAGGCCUAAGUGGUUUUUCAUACUAUACAAGUUUUAUAUUCGAGUCAGCCGGUUUUCCGAGCAAGGUCGGAUCCAUUGCGAUAGCUGUUCUUCAGAUCUUAAUGGCUAUUCUCGGAGUACUCUUCAUCGAUAAGUCUGGACGACGACCACUUCUGCUGAUAUCGGCAGGUGGAACAUGCUUGGGCUGUGUCAUUACAGGACUUUCAUUCUUCCUGCAGGAUUUUCAUGCAAGCAAGGAACUAACAGCCACAUUGGUGAUUACUGGAGUAUUGGUUUUCCUGCUUAGUUUUGAUCUGGGCUUGGGGGGAAUUCCCUGGAUCAUUGUUUCUGAGAUAUUUCCUAUAAACAUAAAGGGUUCAGGAGGAAGCCUGGUGAAUUUGCUAAACUGGGCAAGUUCUUGGGUUGUUUCAUAUACUUUCACUUUUCUCUUUGAAUGGAACUCAGCUGGAACAUUCUUCAUCUUUGCCUUCAUCGGUGUUGUUGCGAUUAUAUUCAUCGGAAAGCUAGUUCCGGAGACCAAGGGAAGAACACUAGAGGAAUUACAAACACAUCAAUGACUCCAAAUCAAAGUAUCAGUGGAUUGAAUCGAUACAGAUAUUACAUAUCUAUAAUAUUUCA